AUGACUUUACUCCAAUUUUUACGACAGGCGCGUCAAGUGCAUCUCCAAUUCCUCUCAGGUACUCUCCCUGAGUCCCCAAUCUAUGUAAUCGGCAAUCCUUCGGCGGAUCUUGACUCGAUCGUCUCGGCAAUCGUUUACUCCUACUGCGCGAACAACCGGCUCCCGAGGAAGUCCCCGCGACCACAUAUUCCACUUCUGAACCUGCCCAAUAUCCCUGCUGGCACGGAGCUGUAUCGGCUCAGGCCAGAAUUUGCAGCUUCACUAUGGUCGUCAACGAAUUUCCCUCCUCUGGCGGACGAUGAGAAAUUUGACAACACCCUGCAGUCUGCGGGGAACGUCUUGGGCGAGCAUGUCAUGACCGUUGCGGACUUUGCGCAGUCGCUUGAACGCCUCAGGGUUUUGAAACAGAUCAUUGCCGAAGCGACGCUAGUUGACUGGAACGCGUGGUCAUCCCCUUCAAGAAGCGACAAGACCUUUGGGUCUUUGACCGGAUUAUCGGGCGCCUCUUUCCGAGCUGUCGGAUGCAUCGAUCACCAUGUCGACGAGAAGGCCAUGCCCAGCUCUGAUAUAUUGCCAGAAGGGCAGCCGAUGAUCAUUCAACCAGGACCUGGGUCCUGUGCAUCGCUUGUCACGAAACAGCUGCAAGAACAGAACCUCUGGGAUGCGGCUCCGGCAGAGAUAGCCCAGGUCGCAAAGCUUGCUCUCUCCGCAAUAUUGAUUGAUACUUCCAAUCUUACUGCGGAAGGGAAGGUGACAGAUGUCGAUCGAAUGGCUGUCGAAUUCCUGCAAUCCCGAAUCAAAGAGGCGGGUGGCCAAGACAGGUGGGAGGUAGAGGAAUUCUACACCAGCAUUCUUCACGCUAAGCAGCACAGCCUCGAUCUUCUGACGCUGGAUGAAAUUCUUGAUCGUGAUUACAAAGACUGGACGGAGACGUCACAAUCGUCGGGCAAGACAGUGAAGCUGGGUUUCUGCUCUGCUGUGAAGCCUAUCCGAUGGAUUGUCCAAAAGGCAGGUGGUCCGGAAAAAUGCCUCCAUGCAGUGCGUUCGUUUGCGGCCUCCGCCGAGAAAGACCUAGAUGUGCUCGUUAUUAUGACGGCCUUCACUGGCAAGAACGAUAAAUUCUGUCGCGAGCUGUUCGUCAAUGUGAUACGGGACAACGAAGCAGCUAUUAAUGGUGUCAAGCGGUUUGUUGAGCAGGCUUCGGACCAACUUGGACUGGUGAAAUGGUCUCCACUGGAUGGGGAGGAUAUCCCUACGCUGACUGCCGAUUCUCUCUCUCAAUUGAACAUGGAACCACCACUCUGGGGGCAGCUCUGGGUACAGACCAACGUGGCUGGGAGUAGAAAGCAGGUUGCGCCGUUGUUGCGGGCAGCAGUUGCUAAGUUGUAA